AUGCUCAUUAAUCAUCUAAAUAUUAAACAUAUCCUAACCUACUAAAACCAUUAUUUGUUGCAAUUUAAGUUUGAUUAAUUGAUAAUUAGGUGGGUCGAUUGUUAUCCAACAUUUAUUAAGGACUUAUAAAAAUAGGCAGAUGAUCAAAUGAUAUUAGACAUGAGUAAAAAAUUUGGAUUUUAUAAUGAACUAAAAAUUAUGAUAAAGGCUUAAGCAUGGAAAGGGAUAGUAGUAAAUACAUCAAAAUUAAUGAAAGCACACAUUUUUUCUAAAAAGGAAGAAAGUAAAAGGCUGUAUGAUAAAAAAAUAUUGACGUCUGUUUAAUGGCCUUCAAAUUUGAUCAAGGAUUAUGAAUAAUAAGUACUCUAUCAAUUGUCUAGAAUAAAAUUAGAAUGA